UGCAGCCUCUAUCCCGGACUUUCUCCGUUUCCUGAGCAGUGUUCCAGCCACUUCCACCACCACCAAAACCAGCUCCUACCGUCACACUCCAUAACUUACAUCGCUCUCCCCUGCUUUCAUUUUUCCGUUUCACUUUCUUCACGUCGACCCAGUCAUAACACAAGAAAGAGAACCAGAAGGUUUCAUCAGAAGCAUCCGCAGCAUCUGAUCAAGGGCAAGCAGGAGAAAUAAGCACAAUGGGAUCUGGAGGGAUAUAGGAUGAGGAAUUACCAUCUUUGACGUUGACAAAGGCAAGAGGAGAAAAAGUGAGCCGAUAUCCAAUUCUGGUGGAUUGGCAGCACCAGAAGAAAAAUUUUCAAUUCCGUAUAGAAUUUUGGGCAUCACAACAGCUUUAUUUCAUCCACCUCUUUAAUUCUGUGGAGUUGAAUUUACUUAUUUUUCCCCUGUCCAUGCCGUGGAUGGCGACUUGGCGAGUGAUGGAAUUUAACACAAUGAGUAAAUCUAUUUAUUGAUUAAACUUGCCCUCUUAUUCAGCAACAAUUUAUCCAACCACAACUGAAACAGAACAUUUUUUACCAGACAUACCAAAGUAGAAAAUGUUGAGUGAACAGUAAGUGACGUGAGUGAAUUUAAUUGACGUUCGCAACCUGAAACUAAGCACAAUCCGUGUGUUUAGGAACAACAACAGCAGUAUCAGUUUCACAAAAAGCGUGGAGUGGAAGAAUACCCACCAAAAGGCGAAGGCGAGUUUUGAGAUUGUAAGAACAUGUUAGAAAAUGCGAUAUCAAAUAAUGCAGAAGAAUAUUUUACAUCCCUUCUCGUAAUGCAAAUUCAACCAAAUUCAUAAAGCUACACAAAAAAUCUCCGUUUCAAGGGUUUCAUAUUGCACAUUGUUAUCUUUUAGGCCCAUGUAAAAAUCUGGGGCUUUACCAGCGAAAAAAUGUUGAACCAACAAGUAUUGCGAGUAGUUUGCUCUUGCGAAGUGAAACGAAACGCAUUACAUCUCCAUUAAAGUUGUGAAAGUAACGGCCCCGUGACAGGUUGUUCUCUGAUUCAAGUCAAACAAGUGUGUAUUCUGCUAUCUUUUUUCUACAAAAAAAUUGAUGUUGCUCUCAGAGAGGAAAAGAUUUUCUUUGUGCUUCAUAUCUAUCUCGUACAUUUUUAUUAUCGAGCUGUCAUAGUGGUUGACUGCACCAAAUAGACGAACCACACACUCACACUAGAACUCCCACCGUAGCAGUCCUAUCAUCAGCAUCUCUGCAAACAGGCGACGUCAAGUAACUAACAAGCACACGCUUCUUUCCAACCCAUAUAGUCGACUGGUGAAAGUCGAACGUACAUAAGGAUUGAAUACACCUCAUGUGUGCACUUUGCUUCUGAGCUCUCAUCAUCAUCUUCUUCUUCUUCUUCGUCCGCUUCUCGUACGAAAUUCUAUUCAAUUUCUCUUCCUUCCUUGACUAAGAUUUGUGCUUACUUGCCUUCCCUUAUUUCUUCCGUGCUGUGCACACAAAAAGCAAAAAGAUAGCGAGAGAAGAGAAUCUUUCUCAAGAUCGGUUCGUCACUGACUCUGCUCUUCUGUGUCCAUUCUUUCCUCCACCGGAGAUUGCACCGAGUGGUUUGCUAGAAUUUUGCUACAUUCCAUAAUUCCUUGCGCUCGAGAAGAAAAAAUUUACCAACAGCUCUUCCAAUCAAAACCUCUGACAUUUAAGAGUUAUAUAAAAAGAAGAAGAAUAGCAACAACAAACCAAAUCUGAAAAGUCCUCCUCAUUAUCGAAUUGGCCGACUCCUUCUCAGAAUACAAAGGCUUAGCAGAGCCCACAAGCAAUUUGAGUCUUGAGUGAAUAAAGUCAAUCCACGAUUCUUCAGUUUAGUCACGAGUCUCAUCAUCACCCGCAAAGAAUAUAUAUCUACGUUACGUAUACAUACGUACAUACACACACACAGACAAAACCAAGCAUAUAAUAAUUACUCACAAACCGCACCAUUCAUUUCCAUCUGGUUCUUCUUCCAGCAAAGGAUUGAAUUCCCUGAGAUUUACUUGACGUGAGCUUGUUUGGAGAAAGUCGGAUCAUCUUUCCAUUCCUCAUCACAUCAGCCAUCAAACCUACUUAAGCUAAGAGUGAGAGCUUUCCUUCCUCCAUUUACUAUUUUAUUGCGGCACUACCAAUACGAACACACAUUGUACGUAGCCACGUCUCUUCCAUUCCCUCCUACACAUAAAUUCCAGCUUAUUCCAACUUUGACAAUCAAAAAGCCUCAAAGACAGAAUUCAUCAUUUAUUCUAAGAUAUACAUAAACCACCUAUCGUACGUUUCUCAGAGUUUAAUACUCUUGAAAUUCAAAGACUGCGUUUAAUUCUUCCUAAGUAGUUUUGCAACCGAAAACCUGCAAGUAAAACUGGAUAUAGAACUUUAAAGCUACACCGUUUAAAUAAAUCUUUUGCAGCGGUACUAGUAAUGUACAUACGACGACAACUACGACUAUAUUGUGUAGCUACCAAAGCUAUCCGACAAAAUUAAAUAACUUUUUUUGGCGAGAUUAUAUUAAUUUGAAGGGAUUUGACAGCUACAAGGCUUUCUCUCUCUCCCUCUUGUCUUGUCAUAUUCCAAGUAAGCUCAGUGAGCUGGAUAAAGUGCAAGUCAGUUUUCUCCCCACUUUUUGAGAAACAAAAAAGUUGAAAGGCCAAAAGUGGUGUGCAUGGAUGGUAACUCCCCAUCGCGUCAAUCGACCGUUGGCCAGGCACACAACGUAAAUUGGAUUCACUCAGAAAGAGCUACCACCAAAGUAAAAUCAAAAGAAGUGGGUUCAAUAAAGUUGACUGAUGCGAAUUCGGUUAGGACUCCAAGGAUAGAAUAGGACAUGCAGAGCCAUUAAUGCUUCCAACUUCUGAGAGAGAGUGCACUUGAAGGAUAAGUGAAGUGGUGACAACACAUCAACUUUUCAUUUGUUCUUCUAGAUAGCAUUUCACGUCGUUUCCCAAUCUCAUCUGGACCCAACUCCGGAGGUUUUCAUAUACGUUUAGACUUGGGAGUUUGUGACUGAUCCGUGCACGCAAGGAAGGAGAAAGUUUCGAGUCCAAAAAGUCGUCUCGUCCGGCGGUGGGUAUACAUGUGCAUGGGAAAGAAGUGAAAGGCACGGACUUGCCAUCAAGUGGACAAAUAAUCUGUGCAGCCCAUGUUGGAUGCUGUUAUUUUACUCGAGCGAACAUAGCCAACUUCCAACAGCCAACAACUUAGGAAGAAUUCGAUUAAGACCUUGUUUCUUUGUACAAGACGAGCGAAGUGAGAAGAAAUUGAGAUUUUAAAAGUUGGGCCAAAGUACAUACGUCUGACAUACGAUGGACAACCAACCGCACAUUCGGUUUGCAGAAACACCUCCAGGAAGCCCAAAAAGUUGCAUGAAAGGGAGCCGAAAACUGACAUUCGAGGAGAAAGGAGGAGGAGGGGGAGAUUCCUCUGGGGAGGUGACUAUGACAGACUCUGCCACUUCUACCGUGUCUAAAAGUCCAAAGAAGAGCAGCAAAGUCUGCAUUCGAUCCCCUGGUGACAAUUCAUCUCCUGUCACAGCCCCAACGGUUGUGGUUCCCCCUUUUGUUAAGCCACCGGAUAUUCAAUUCAGUCAACAUUAUGACCAGUCCACUCCACCCCCAAAUUGCACCUCCAAUGGGUACGACUUUGCUGUCGAGAAUUCCGAGGAGACCAGUAGCAGCAGUGAUUCCACUGAUCCACGCCAGGAUCCACACCUCAUGGAAGUUGCGUCAAAGUUCGUCAACGAGAUAAUUGAGACGGCAACGCUCGAGGCUUCCAAUCGACAAAAGCCCGAAUUCAGUGCAAAGUCGAAUCUCACUACAAUCGCAAGAGAUAUUCUAGCAACUGGCAGAAGAUCAGCAUGGGUUCAACGAGCGCAAGGCACCGUAUCCAAGUGGUUUACCAACCUGUGUGUUAAAGCACAAAACUCCAUAAGAACAUGAACUCACUGGAAAACUUUGCCGAACUACAAAGUUUUGUCAAUUUGGACUGGAAAAUAAUACUUCAAACAACAGUCAGACAGACACGCGAAACAUGAAACAAUCUCAUAAUUUACUUUUAUGACGUUUGGUUAAAA